CGCUCAGUCUCGUCCGUCGCAAUCCAGUGCAGAUAUACGUGCAAUUACCCUGUCAACAGUGCUUAAAAUCCUUCGUUCGUGCCGCGCUCUCCGUUCACAAGGCACACGCGGUGAUCGAUAACGGAACUCCGCCGUCGAUCGCCGACGCGUCGUGAUCGACGCCGCGUUAAGGACGGAAGAGAGGAAAAAGAGAAAGAAAAAAAAAAACAACGAAAAGAAGCCGCGAGGCGGCAGUCGGGGAGAAAGUUUCGGAAGCACGCGAGCGCGGCGCGAAGUAGAUAACUCCGAACGUUCUCGGUGAUUUGAAUCAGCCGCUCUCGGCCGUCGUCGCGAAAGAGAGCGGAGGGACCGUUCCGGCGUAAAGUUUGACGCGCGUCUCUCUCGACAGUCUCGACGCGGACGGUGAAUCCUGUGGCGCACAACGGUACGAGCGGAUAACCUCUCGCAAGACGUCCCACGCCUCGGUUCCACGACUGACAGUCGUUCGCCAGCGAGCAAGAGAAGAAGAGAGAUCGUGGUCGUGUGCGAAGGCGGGCAGAUGUGGUGCUGGGUAGUAGUUUCGCGUAGUAGUUCCGUUCACGCGACCUAACUACCGCGUGCGAGUGGUGAUCCUCAGUGUGUCUCUCUCUCUCUUUCUCUCUGUGAGUCGCGGAGUCCGCGAGUGGUUUUGUUCGCCAAGGGAUCGCCGCAGCUUCCGUACGCGUUGUCGAGAUGAAGACUUGCCACCUGUGGCUAGAAGCGGCCGUCGCUCUCCUGGCGAUAGCAGGUGUGAGCUGCCUGCGGGAGGUCAGCCUAGAGGUGGUACCCGAGGUGGCGCAACGUGGGGAGAAGGUGAUUCUGCGGUGCCAUUAUGAUUUGGAGGACGCGCCACUCUACUCUCUCAAGUGGUACCGGGGCAGGCAUGAAUUCUACCGAUUCUCGCCCACCGAGGAACCAUCCACCAAGAUCUUCAACAUUUCCGGGAUUAAUGUCGACCCCGACAACUCGAACAAGAGCCAGGUAACGCUUCGCAAUGUCGACUUCGGCCUCUCGGGUACAUUCAUCUGCGAAGUUACGGCAGACGCGCCGACCUUCUCCACGGCCUCCGGCUCGAAGAAUCUCACCGUAGUAUUUCUGCCCCGUGAAGAGCCCGUUAUCGUAUCGGAACGCGAUCGCUACGACCCGGGAGACAUGCUGAGAGCAAAUUGCAGCGUGCCGCCCUCGAAGCCACCGGUUCACCUCUUAUUCACGCUGAACAGCAUGCCGGUAAGUGAUGCCUAUCGACACGAUUGUCGUAUUAUCGAAUCAGAGGAAGCGAGAGAAUAUGUGUUAGCGAUUGGGUUUUCGGCAUUAUACUUGCGGUU